CUGCCAGUUCUUUUUAUAGUUUAUGAACAAGAGGUAUUUCAAAAAACCCUCCUGCCGCCUGUGCCAUACACAUACGCUGCCGCGUGCGUAACAAGCUUGUCACCAUGUCCACGAUCGCCUGGUGCGCAGAUGAAAACUCCAAAGAUGCGCGCAUGCAGCUCCGUUGACUAUUGCCACUGUGCUACGACAGCAACUGACAAUUUGACUUAAUUUAUUUAUUUCAAUUUACAUUUAUCUAACCUUAUCAUGGGCUGCCCUAUUUCGACAUUUGCCCAAAAGCCUACCGCGGACACUUUCGAGGAGGUAGCUUUGGUAAGCCUCACGGACGCGCAGAAGGAGAUGAUCAAGGAGUCUUGGAAAUGUGUUCAACAAGACAUAACCAGAGCCGGCAUAAUUAUGUUCGUCAGGUUGUUUGAGAGCCAUCCAGAGUGUAAAGAGGUGUUCUUUGAGUUCCGCGGCGUGGACGACAUUGAAAUGCUCCGUGUCAAUAAAGAACUGCGAGCCCAUGGGUUGAGGGUGAUGUCCUUCAUUGAGAAGAGUGUGGCUCGGCUGCAUGAGCCAGACAGGCUGGAGAAACUGGCCUUCGAGCUCGGCAGGAAACACUACAACUACAACGCUGUGCCCAAAUACUUCAUGUAUGUGAUGCCGGAGUUCAUCAGAGCCAUCGGGCCGAUCCUGAAGGACUCUCUGACCCCAGAACUGGAGGAAGCCUGGAAGGUUCUCUUCCAGUACCUGACUGGCUUAAUGCGGCAGGGAUUCAAUGAGGAGGAGAAAAGACAACGCACUGCCUCCGUCUCCUCUGCACCAAGGAAGCUCGAGAGGACCCCCAGCGUCCUCUGAGGAACCUUAACAUCAUCUGAAGAACCCCCCAGUUGUCAUCUGAAGAACCUUAACACCAUCUGAAGAACCUUAACAUCAUCUGAAGAACCCCCCAGUGUCAUCUGAAGAACCUUAACAU